UUUUGACCCUUUGCUCGUUUAGCUUGUGGUGUGCGCCAGGGAUCAAAAUCGAGCAUGGCGACCGGUCUCACGGACCUACCGGUGGAGCUGCAGGCGCGCGUGGCGGAGUUCCUGCCGGGAAAGGCCGAAUUAUUAGCCCUGCGCUGCUCGGCUGGGUCAUGCAAGCAAGUCGUGACCCGCGCCGUCAAGCACCACGACGUGUACAAGCGAUUUUACGCUCGAAAUUCCCUCCAAAAUGCAGCGCUCGUCGCCAUUGGUCGGGUGUUUGGGGCGGGCUGCCGAUAUCUGAACACCGUGAGCGGGUUCCCAGCCGUCACGACGGCGCUUGAGUCGUUCGUCCUUAGCACGGGGGGCCUAUUGAACCAACUGUCUAUCGAGCCCCCCAGAGACAAUCACAUCACCCCAGACACCCUCUUGAUUCUAUGCCGGGCGUGCCCUCUGCUGAAAAACCUUUAUGUGCCACGUGUGCCGAACAUCCAGCCUACGCACUUUGUCGCCGUAAGUCAGGCUUGUCCGUUGCUCGAAUACGUCGUGCUUCCGACAGGAGGCCUGAGUCCGGCCGAGACCUAUGCGAGGCAAUUUCCUCGCCUCAGAGAACUCAAAUUCGUGAGGGAGUGGGACAGCCAAAUACAUGAAAUGCCUAUUUGUUUUGACGUGAUUGCGGUGGCGGCGGAGACCUGCGUGCAUGUGACGAGGGUGGUUAUCCCCAGGGCCGCUGUGACGCCGGAUUUCGUGGCACGACUCCUGGAGACGCCGCUGCGGGAUCGUGUUACCAGUUUGUGCUUCACUAAUUUCUUCGGAUCAUUUUCUCCGCAACUGUGGCCAGAAGCGGGCCUUCAACUGGUGAGGGGCUUUCCGAACCUGCGCGAACUCGCGGGGCCUUUCGAGAACGCGCUUAUUCCGCGCAUGGCACCGACUGAAUUUUUCGAGCAGCUGGCGCUUGCGGCGCCCAUGCUUCGAAGGCUCUCUGCAGUAGAUAUAGACGACGAGUGUAUGCGCAUCAUCUGCAACCGAUGCCAACUGGAGGAAAUUAAUUUAUUUAUAACUCGCCGCGACCAGUCCGAUUUAUGCGUGACACCUGCUGUUGUCGACAUCAUAGUCAAAAGUUCUUCAGCGGCGAGUCUCCGCAAGGCAACUGUUAGUUCUACUUUGGCUGCUGAAUGGGGCGCGGCGGAGUUGCUGGGCAUCGUACAGGGCUGCCCGAACUUGAAGCAAGUUGGGUAUUAUAACCGUCGUGAACUUUCCUCGGGAAGCGUCUGCAGCGCAAACAUUGUGAGCGCCCGUCGCCUCCUCAAGAGCCGUGGGGGAACUCUCGAGGGAUCCUACGCGUCGAAAUGCCCUCCCUUCUUCUAAGACUUGUGUAGAG